UGGGUCGACGCGGGUGAGAACCGAACCGUGACCGAGACAGCAUGCCGAAGCGAAAGAGAACGACGACUACGACUACGGCGGCGGCGGCGACGACGAGCAACGCUCCUUCACUACUCCCACAGAAAAAACACUAUAGACAACGAGCUCAUGCAAAUCCAUUCUCUGAUCAUUCACUCGUAUAUCCAUCAUCACCCGAUUCAAUAGAUUGGUCGUCUCACUAUCCAGCCUUUGUAAACCAGAGACCAUCGUUUGCAGACAUUGGAUGUGGUUUUGGUGGUCUUUUGAUUACACUCGCACCUCAAUUCCCUGAUACUCUCAUCAUCGGUCUUGAAAUUCGUGUUCAAGUAACACAGUAUGUUUAUGAUCGUAUCACCGCACUUCGAGCGACCACAGACAAUUAUCAAAAUGUAUCAGUCAUCCGCGCAAACGCAAUGAAAUUCCUCCCAAACUUCUUUCAGAAAGCUUCCCUCACUGCCCUCUUCUUCCUAUUCCCCGAUCCACACUUCAAAACACGCAAACACAAGGCACGCAUCAUAUCACCCACCCUUCUUGCAGAAUAUGCAUAUGUCCUCGCACCAGGUGGAAUCGUCUACACCAUCACAGAUGUCGAGGAUCUUGCACAGUGGAUGCGUACUCAUCUAGACGCUCAUCCUCUCUUUCAGUUUGUCGAGGAGCAAGAACUGAGGAAAGAGGGAAAGGGUCCCAUCUUGGAUGCAGGAAAAAAGGUAGAACGCAAUGCUGGUGAGAAAUGGCUCGCAUGCUUCAGACGCAUCGAGGUCAAGAGAAUCAAUGUAAUCUAGUCAGUGUAAUAAGAAGUGUACAGUUGUUGCGUAAGACCUUUGAAAGAGGCUCCUAAGCCUAAGCGCUCAAUGACGAAGUCUCCCCGCGGCCUUGUAUUAGAACAACCGUGCCAUGCUAAACCAUCCAUGUCAGAGUAACGUAACUAGCACUGACA